AGUAAAUACAUUGGUCAGAUUCAAUUAUGAUUUUCUAUGAUAAUUAAUUAUUAUUAAUAACCACGAGUAAUGAGCAUAGUCACACUCAACCAAUAUGUCUCUUUCUUUAUUUAAUUUGUGGCUAGAAAAUCAAUGAAAGGAUAAACUAAUUACUGUUAGAUAUUUAUAUAUGGUACUUAGACAUAAUGAAUAUGACUCGUUCAAUUCAUACAAGAAAAGGUCUAAUUCUGACUCUAGCUAGUUUGAAAUUAAAAUUGAAAUUCAAGUCUUUUAAUAUGAAGAUUUGUUGUGUUAAGGAAUUUGGCAAAUGUAGAGAGAAAGUGUAUACAUGUUUUUUCUAGUAUCCACCAACAUCAUUCUUCUCUUUCUACAGUAACUGAUGAUCCUUUUUACAUACAUGUUCCCACCAAGUUUCCUUUCUGAUUAUAUUAUAUUAUAUUAUAGCCUUUCAAGCCCCCACAAAUUUAUUUCAAUUCUCAUCACCACUUGCAUGCUUAGCUUCUUUGAAAUUACUAAUCACUUUAGCCUGUGGAACAAACAUGGAGUUGGAAGCUUGCUGUGAUGUUGAAGUUGAUAUCAAUGGAGAGGAAACUUUCAUGAUAAACAAGAAUAUUCUUACAACUUUUUGCCGUAAAUUUAGCAACUUAUUUGGCAAUCUGGUGGGAGAAAAAGUGAGACUCAAACUUAUAUUCAAUGACUUCCCGGGAGGUUCACAUGGUUUUGAGCUCGUGGCGCGGCUCUGCUAUUGUUAUAGCACUAGCAGUAGCAUGAGCAUGGAGCUAUUAUCUCCAACAAAUGUAGCACUUCUAUGUUCUGCUGCUGAUUUCUUGGAGAUUGAAUCUAUGGAAGCACCAAGCUUGAAGCCUCAUGUUGAGAAAUUUCUUCAAGGGAUUCGGUUCUGGACUUGGUGUGAGCUUCUUGAAGCAUUGAAACAAUGCCAAGGCCUAUUCUGUUCCAAGAGUUAUUCAUAUUCAGCAAUUGUUGAAAGGAUGAUUGUGGAUCAAUUGAUAGAGAGGGUUGCUUUUCCAAGAAUUAUUGCAAGUCCAUUUGCAUGUUCUUCUGAUAGAUCCAGCUUCCAAUUUUCCUGUGAUAGUAGCAGCAUCAAUAAUAGUAACUGCUCUUCUGUUGAUUCAUCAUCAUGGUGGUUUGAAGAUCUUGUGUUCUUGAAGAUUGGUUUGGUGGACAAGGUCAUAAGGGCAAUGAUAUCUCAUGAUUUUGAUCAUGCCAUUGUUUCAAAGUUUCUAUUCUACUAUCACAAAUCAAAUUCUCUUGGUGAUGCUGCAGAAGCAGAGAAGAUUGAGACAACAAAGGUUGUGAUCAAUCUUCUUUCCAUGCUCCAAGUUCGGUCGAUUCCAUGCAAGGAUUUAUUCGAUCUUAAUCGAAUUGCAACUAGCUUGAAGAUAAGCAGAUGCUGCAGAAAUGAGAUAGAAAAACUCAUAGGUGCUCUGCUGGAUCAAGCAACAAUUGAUUAUCUGAUUCUUCCAUCUCCAAAUGGAAUGAAUCAUGCAUAUGAUGUUGAUUUUGUCCUAAGGGUGAUGCAUACAUUCUUCUUUGGAGGUAGUGCCGAGUUAACUUCCAAUAAUCGGCUUAAGAGAGUUGUGAAAAUGUUGCAUUUGUUCCUACUAGAAGUUGCUCCUGAUCUCCAUCUCAAACCUUGUGAAUUUGAAGCAUUGAUUAGAGUGGUUCCAGAUGCUGCAAGGGAAUCUCAUGAUCAAUUAUACAUUGCCAUGGAUAUUUAUCUAAAGGUUCAUGCAGGAAUAAGUGAUCAUGAAAAGAUGAGAAUAUGUUCCACAUUGAAGCAUGAAAAGUUGUCAGCUGAAGCUGUGAGACAUCUUAGUAGAAAUCUGGCAUUUCCUUUAGAAACAAAACCAAGAUUAAAUGUAAAUAGACAAAGCCGAAUGAAAAGCCUGCUGCAGGAAAAUGAUCACUUGAAAAGCUUCUUUGACUCCAUGUUUCUCAAAAGCUUCAAGAACAUUAUCAUUGAUGUGAAAGAGGAUGCUGAAAAGAGAACAAUAUUGUAUGAUGGUGAUGAAGGAAUACAUAAUAGUGGGACCCAAUUGGCAAGUCUAAAGAAGACAGAAAAUCAUACUUUGAGUUUGAGCAAUGCUGCUGUUUAUUACUUGCCAAAAUUCUGUUCAUAAGAUUAGCUUAAUUUCUUAUAUGACACUCAAGUAUAUAUUUUCAAUUCAUUAUUCAUGUAUAAUAGAUUUGAUAUACGAUAUUAUUUAUUAAGAGUUGUUAGCUUGCUUGUUGUGUUUAAA